AUAGUGGAUGGUUUAAGCACAUUGCUUUGCGGUUGCGAGGAUGUUAUGUGUAGCUGCUUACAGGCCCAAGAACCCACAAGUAUGAUAUUCUGGUCCCUAGAUAUGGCUCGGGUCCCUCCUUAAAUACAAGUCUAUGUUUUUUUCACCCGUUUCACUGUCCAACAAGCAAAGCUGUAGCACAUUGCAUGUUGCACAAACGCUGAGGGUUGAGUUACGUGCCAAGGUUUAUGCUGCCUUCACAUGUUUUCAGAAUUAUCGUUAAUAUGAGUUUAACACUCUGAAGUUACACAAGAAUGACCCCUCAAGUCGUAAUUACGACUGAGAAACUAUGAGAUAAUUUUGAUAGCCGAGUUUCAAAAUUGGGAGGAGUCGUAAACCAUCAACAUGGCGGAGGAGAGUACGGUUUCUGCAGUGAAUGACAGGUUUGAUUAAUUUUUCUAAUUAUUAUUUGCCUAAUUAUUAGCGCUUGCCAUUUCAGCCAUAUUCAUUUAUGGAUAUCAACAAACAUUUGAUGCAUGUUGUAAAUUUUUACAUCAUGAAAAUAGCUUGUAUUAGACCAAAAUUUGUAUUAUUGUCAGCAAGCUAACUAAAUAUGGUGUCUUAAAGUUCCUCAAGAAACAUGUAUGACUGAACCUGGCGUCAUUCAUGUUUCCUGUUCUUUCCGACAAUAAAGCACUUGAACGCAACAUACUCAUAAUUACCACUUAUGAAGUGGAAAGUAGGAUAAUUCCGAUAGCACAUGUAUCUGAGAAGCUCGUACCUCCGAAGUUGGGCAUUCGUUACUACGGCAUGUCAUGCAUUCAAGUGGGAGAAUCACAACAUCACAAACUCUGUUUUGAGGCAAAAAGUAUUUGAAAAUUGGACAUAAAGACAAAGGUACAAAGCUGUUUACUUACCGUCUUUCAUGAGGGCACAAACUACAAUCCCAUGAAGUAUUGCGAAUUAUGUCAUUGAUUAAAAAAUGAUGGGAAUAUAUAAAACUAUUGAUUUUAGGUUGUUGAUUAUAAGUAAAGAAACAAUAUAUUUUACAUUUAUUGCAAAAUUUUACGAUAUGUACAAAUAAAGUAUAGUUUAAGGGUGAAGUGAGACUGACUCACGUCAUUCACAGUGAGUCGUGGGAGUGGCCGGUCAUUCUGAGGCAUGUUUCAUGGGUUUCGUUGGCCAUGGUUCUCUGAUUGGUGGAUCUUUCUAUGCUGUACCAAGGGUAAUGUAGUUGUUGACCAUAAAUUUAGCUAUCAAACAGGAUUUUUAAACAAUGACGUUGAAAUAACGCAGAUGGAUCGCUUCAACGGAAGCAUCGAUGAACAACCUCUUAGCUCACGGUAGGUCUGUAUUUAAAGGUUUAUAAGUUAUUGUUGAAAAUCUGUUUGUCUAUGGGAUAAAUUAAGAGGAUUUUUACUUCCCGAACCAGACUGCGCUCUAUUAUAAGCAAUAGUAAUAAUGAUGCUUGUCUUAGCUGAAUUUUGUCCCCUAUAAUUAUUGAUUAUUGUUGUGUUGUUAAAGUCAUUAAAGCUGCUUGAAGUAAUUUCAGCUCUGCUGCUAGAUUUAGUCCCUGAAUUUGCCACUAAAUAGCAAAUGAAUAAAUGUAAAUUUCACCGCCCCCAUCCCUUCAACACGCCCUCUCUCCAAAAACCAGCCUUCAAACGACAUGUCAGCAAGGGCGUAGAUUUGGCUUGAACAUUGGCAGGUUGCAGCGUGAAGCAUUUACAUGUUUCCAUUAAUCAUGUUAUAAAUAAUAGGGGGGUUGUACUUGCUUGUUUUUAUUAUUGGGGGUGGGGGUUACCCCGCACAUCCCCCCGGAAUCUACGCCCCUGCAUGUCAGCCAACCCGAUGCCAGCACAAGCAGUGAGUGUUGUCUUAUUGGCUAAUAAACGCGGGCCGCUCCCUCGACUCUUUUUUUUUUUUUUUUUUGGUUGUUGUUUACAGAGCCUAGAGAUGUCACAUAGACAGGUGUGAUUUCUCAGCACCACAAUUUCAGUGAUAUCGGUCAGAUAGUAGGGACAAUUUACGCAUAGUAUUUAGCAAAAAAAAACCAAAAAAAAAACAAAUCGCUUGCGGCAACGUACAAUUUACGUAGCCCUCGCGCCAUCUUGUGGACAAUCGUAAAUCUUCCACAAGAUUUCUUGUAGAGGUUAAAACGUGCCCUCAUUCUCAGAAGUAUUGAGUGCGGUCAAAGGUGGUUACUGAUUAAAUUAUUCAUGUAUUUGACUUAAUGGUAAGAGAACCACAUCCUAUAUGAGCAUGGCGCGAGGAAGCCUCUCUUUGUGAUAGAUGUUUGCACUUACUCACACAACAGUACUCACGCUUAAAGACAUCCCAGUGAAAGCCAAUACGAUGAUUCACGACAGGCUACUCAACCACCGGUUAAGUGAUAUCUUAAAAGUGCGGUAAUUCUACCUGACACAGCAACUAAAUAAAGAAGAGGCGGGUACAGUAAGGCGGGAAUUAACUUCUUGAAGGAGUUUUUUUGAGAGUCCAUGGCCUUCUGUUGCCAUAGAGACACGCAGAGAGCAUAGAAAGAGACGCGGUGCCUGAAAACAAUGUUGCACGUAACAUUUACAUGUUGAUUUUAGGCAUUAUCGACAAAAGGUAAGUCUUAAAUGGAAUCUGUUUGUUGUUUGACAAUGAAUGUAGUUUUGUAAAACAGGUAAAAGUUCUAUAAGCGCUUUUGAAGUUCCCAACUUAAAAAUUCCUCUAGUUAAAAUCCAAUUAACAUAACAAGUGAAAUGCCUCCAGAUAAGAUCAAAUCAAGUAGAAUAUUUAUGGAACGGUGCAAUUUGAAUAUUUGCAGGUACAUGAUGAUGUCGUGCACUGUAGCUAAGGGUCGCCUUGAAGUUUUGCAGAUAUAUCGGCUGCUUCAGUGUGUCCGGGCGGGAGAUAAGCCGUACAUAGAGAAGUUAAUCAGCAUGGGGGUUGAUGACCUCAUCAAUAUCACUGAACCGCGCGAGGGUAACGGUGUCCUGCACCUGGCAUCGGUGGCCAACGACUCGGACAUGCUGGAAUUCCUCAUAGUUCAAGGAGCCCGUCCAGACGUGCAGGACAGGAGAGGGCGGACGCCGCUGAUGAUGGCCGCAGAGCUCGGACACGACAGGAUCGUGUCUCUCUUGGCCAAGAAGAACGCAGACAUGAAACUUUUUGACAAAGAAGGGAAAGGCCUGCUCUUCUACUGCAUACAGCCCACCAAAAGGCACAUGCGCUGCCUCCAGGUGGCCCUAAACGGCAAUGCAGAUGUGAACAAUGUUUCAGCAAAGGGGAUGCCAGUGUUCCUGCUGGCCUGCGAGCAAGCUCAGGACUGUGAAGGCAUGUGCCUCAGCAUCCUAGAGAAAGGAGCUGACCCCAGUGCUACAAAUCAGGCGACAGGUCGAACAGCUCUGAUGGAGGCAACCAGAGCAGGAGCAAUAAAUCUCGUGAGAGCCAUCCUCAGGAAAGGAGGAAAUGUCAACGCUCUGGAUAAGAAGCAAUUCCAUGCAGCUCACUUUGCAGCUGAAGGAGGCUUCUUUGAAUUUGGAUCUUACCAGAUCAUUAAGGUGCUGUCUGCAUAUGCAGCUGAUUUUGGAGUGGUAACUUCAGAGGGGGAUACACCUCUGCACUUUGCUGCCUAUGGUGGCUACACCGAUUGUUGCAGGUUUCUAGCUCAAAGAGGAUGCAAUCCCAAAUUGAAAAACCAAGAAGGCCUGCUUCCUCGUCAGAUUGCUAAGGACUGUGGCCACAAAGCUACGGUGAAAGAGCUAAAGAAGGCAGAACGGCUGCCUGGAAAGUUCUCAAAAGGGAUGGGCGGCACAAGUGAACCAUGGGCUCUGACGCUCCACGACUGGUCUCAUGAAAAUGAGACUGCACUGAGAAGCGCUUUUGAGUCAGCAUCAGACAGCUUGAUGGACAUAGAGACAGUAUCCAGGGAGACUUUUGUGUCAGUUCUUCAGGAACUUCAAGCUCCUAUAGAUGAGGACCAAAUUCAGGCUCUUCUACUUGCCCUCGAUAGGAGAAGAGAGGGCAUCAAUAUUACUGACUUCCUAAGAGGUCUCAAAUACCUUCCUAAGACAUAUGUUAUGGCUUCAUAUGGGCCUAAAAAGAAGAAGGAAAGCAAGGGAGGAAAGACCAAAAAGAAUAAGUUCAGUCUACUCAUGCCCAUCUGCACAGUCCCACCUGAUCUCAUUCAACGGCGGGAUGAUGGUGGGCCACCACAUUUUAUGAUUGAAAGCUACCAGCAUGCUACAGACACGCACAGAUUUGACCGGGACCAUCGACCAGAACAUCCUAUUAAAGAUGACACAGCGUGGUACAUUGAUGAACCUGAAAAGAUAUACAUAAAUAUAAACUACUGUGUGAAAACGGGAGAUAUUGAGUCUCUUAAGCUAGCACUCAACCAAAAGGUUCCUGUAGAUGUAAAAGACUGCUUUUACAAGACACCACUCAUGGCUGCAUGCGCAAGUGGGAACUACGAAGUGGCGAAGAUCCUUCUUGAUAAUGGGGCUGACGUGAAUGCAUGUGACCAGUUCAGCUGGACUCCUCUGCACCAUGCCUGCCAUGCAGGACAGCUGGACGUCAUACAGUUGUUACUGGAGGCAGGAGCUUCAGUGGAUCCGCCCACUCUGAGUGGGGCUACUCCCCUAAUGAGAGCCAUUGAGAGCUGUAGGCCAUCCUGUGUUGAAUACCUCAUCAGAGCUGGGGCAAAGGUCAAUGCAGUAAAUAAAACAGAGCAAAAUUGCUUGGAUGUUGCCCAUGCUUACGCAGACUUCAGGGUGGUGGAUUUGAUUAAGGCUAAGAUUGAUGCUCAACCCAAACAUAAGGACAGCAAGAAGGCACAGCCUGUAAAAGUCCAACGCAAACCAACGCCAGCUUCCACCACUGGCUCUACAAAAGAGAAGCAGGGCACCGUUCUCACUCCGCCAGCCUCCUCAAACUCAGCAGUCAAGAAAGCGAUGAAGAAAGACAGUGUUGUCGUGCACAGCACUCAGAUCACCAGCGGCAAGCUCAACAAAUUGGACAUCAGUUUUGUGCCAAGAACGACGUGGCAGAAUCAGCUGACAACCAGCCAACUAACUGAAAGGAAGGUGAGCAGGAGGCAGCGCUUUACCUAUGAGGUGGACUUUGAUGACUUCAGGAUGCCAUUCAAUAAAAACAUUCAGAAGAAGUCUGUGGAACUUGAACUCACUGAAUGAAAGGCCAAGACCUUGUUGUCAACAAAAGAGAAGAUGAUUAAAGUGGCGUCCACCAGUUUUUGAGAUGGCAGUGGCUUACUUGACCAAAACCAACAGAUGGCGCAACAGUGUUUACAUAUGAUGUCUGUUGUGGAGGGCUGUGCUAAAGAUCCUCAGGGACUUUUGUGUUAUAGCUCAGCACAGAGUACUGCAAAAUGGCAGCUAAAACAAUUGUGUUUGUUUUGAGGCAUACUCUGAUCUUUAAAAUACCACGUGGUUCAGGAUUCAUUCAGAAUAUACAGGGAUGGAUUGUAUGUUUUAUAUAUGAUAGCUGCCAUUUAAUGCUUUUUGCAAAGUUAUUCAGCUAUCCUUUCAGGUAGAAUCUCUUGGAUAUAGAACAGUCCCUGAUAUAUUCUAUUCCAUUUAAAAACCAAUAGAAAUGUACCAGCAAUAAGUGAACAUGAUUCUCACAGCAUUAAAGAAAUAACUACAUCAAAUAAUUGCAAUGAUACGUUUUACUGUAACUGUUUUACUGUAAGCUCUGUUGAAAAUGUCAACAGUGGUGUCUGAAAAACAGAGAUAAUUGUGGUUUGUAUUUGUACGACGUGAAUCUGAUUAAAUGCGCUCAUGUCUGCUGAUACCAGCGUUUACCACUGAAUUAGAUCGUUAGAUGGCCUUGCCUUCAAGGUCCGUUGGGUAUAGUUACGUAACAAAUAAAUGGACACUAACAGCUAUAAAUCAAGAGCCUUAAAGCUACCGAAAUUAUGGUGUUUACACAUAUCCAUCUUACAUCCCAUCAGAUUAACAAGCAUUUAUGAUGAUUACCAGAUACUUUGACUAGCAACAAAAAGAGUCAACAUAAUAUUUAUGAAUGUGAAUGAGUGUGUCUGUGCAUAUGCACCAAAUGAAUAUGUUUGACCAUACAUGUUUGUAGAGCUACUGAGAAAAAGAUGAUAGACAAUAACAGAGCAAACAUGAGAGUGGGAGAGAGAAGUGGGGGUGGUUUAGAGAGCAAGUGCGUCAGAGAGACUGAGAGAGGGAAGGACAGGGCGAAUGAAACUGAUAGUGUGAGUGCAAACUCAUCGGAGACAUUCAUCCCUGUAUGUGUGUUACGAGACAGAGCAGUGCGGGGUGAGUCAGGUAUGGAAAGAAAGCAGGAGGAGGGGUACGUUUUUAAUAAAAUCAAUGCUCUCAGCUUUAGUGUAAACAAGAGUGAUGAGCAUGAACAUGCAAAUUGUGUUUUUGUUCACAUAAUUUGAGACCGGGAAAAUAACAGGAUUUUUAAAUUUGAUUUUUAUUUAGAAUUUUGAAAAAUUUAAAACAAAGAAACAUUAUGACACAAAAUUCAGAAUUUCAUGUGCAAGUUUUCACCCAUACUAUUAUGUUGGUAAUAUACUUUGAAAUUAAAAAUAGAAGCAUCAGACUUUAGGAUUCUUAAUCUAACUGAAACCUGGAAAAUUACAGAAAGGAUUUUGAAUUUUGAUUUAGGAUUUUGAAAAAUGUAAAUAAAUAAAUAAUACAAAAAUAAUAAUAACGAAACAAAAUGUAUAAAAUAUUUCAGAUUCUGCACUAUUUCUUAAGUCACUAAUUAAAUAAGAAAAUUUGUGACAUUGA